AUGUGGUUUUCAUUCUGCGUUGCGUUGCUCUUACCGACAGCGCUCCACCGCAUUGUUUUGGUUGUUGACGACUUGUGGAAGCCCAUCGUUUGGAUAUCCCACGCGCUCGGCCUCGACAAACUCUUCGACAUAAUCGGUGUCACCAUAGUCAUAGGCAUCGUCGACCUCUUCGGCAUCGUCGACCCCUGGCCUGACCAUAGCAUCGCAGAUGAUAGCUAUGGUAACGGCCAGCAGCUACAGGCGACAUCAGCGACGCUAGAAAUGGAGGAGGCGCUUCUCGUGAUGCGGUACGAGGAACUAUCGGGAAUAGUCCGGUACGCCGAUGACGAUUGCACCGUGUGCCUGUGCAAGUUCGAGCACGGGGACGAAGUGCGACUGCUAACCAACUGCCGCCACGUCUACCACCGCCAGUGCCUUGACAAGUGGGUGGAGCUUCGCCGACGAACCUGUCCGCUUUGCCGGACUCCACUUAUCCCAGUGGAGAAGCGAGACGUCGUGGACUACCAUGAUAGGGCGGGCUUCCAAUGA